AUGGGGCUGCCGCUCGCCCUCCUGGUGGCCGUGGGCCUGGCCCUGAGCUCCCCCGGGGCCGCAGAGCUCCAGAGAGAGGGCAGGACCUGGAACCACGGCCACAGCGUCUGCAGCACUUGGGGCGACUUCCACUACAAGACCUUCGACGGCGACGUCUUCCGCUUCCCCGGCCUGUGCGACUACAACUUCGCGUCCGACUGCAGGGGUUCCUACAAGGAGUUCUCGGUGCACCUGAAGCGGGUCUCCGGCCGCAACGGGGGGCGCCCCGGGCUCGAGUACAUCCUGCUGACCAUCAAGGACGACACCAUCUACCUCACCCGCCAGCUGGUUGUAGUGAACGGGGCCAUGGUCAGCAUGCCGCACUACAGCUCUGGGCUGCUCAUCGAGAAGAAUGAUGCCUACACCAAGGUCUACUCCCGUGUGGGACUCACCCUCAUGUGGAACCGCGAGGACUCACUCAUGCUGGAGCUGGACAGAAAGUUCCGGAACCACACGUGCGGCCUCUGCGGGGACUACAACGGCCUGCAGACCUACUCCGAGUUCCUGUCCGACGGCGUGCUCUUCAGUGCCAUUGAGUUCGGGAACCUGCAGAAGGUCCAUAAGCCCGAGGUGGUGUGCGACGACCCUGAGGAGGGGCCGGCCCCAGAGUCCUGCUCCGAGCACCGCGCCGAGUGCGAGGAGCUGCUGGCGGCCGCGGCCUUCGAGGACUGCGAGGGGCUGGUGCCGCGGCUGCCGUUCGUGCAGGCCUGCAUGCAGGACCGCUGCCGCUGCCCGCACGGCCCCUCCUGCGCCUGCAGCACCCUGGCCGAGUUCUCCCGCCAGUGCUCCCACGCCGGCGGCCGGCCCGGCAACUGGAGGACCGCCGAGUUCUGCCCCAAGAGCUGCCCCGGGAACAUGGUUUACCUGGAGAGCGGCUCGCCCUGCGUGGACACCUGCUCCCACCUGGAGAGCAGCCGCCUGUGCGAGGAGCACCGCAUGGAUGGCUGUUUCUGCCCGGAAGGCACCGUGUAUGAUGACAUCGCAGGCAGUGGCUGCAUCCCCGUGAGCCGCUGCCACUGCAGACUCCACGGGCACCUGUACUCGCCCGGCCAGCAGCUCAGCAGUGACUGCGAGGAGUGCGUCUGCACCGCCGGCCGCUGGGUGUGCAAAGACUUGCCGUGCCCGGGCACCUGUGCCCUGGAGGGCGGCUCCCACAUCACCACCUUUGACGGGAAGAGGUACACCUUCCACGGGGACUGCUACUACGUGCUGAUCAAGGGCGACCACAAGGACUCCUACGCCCUCCUGGGUGAGCUGGCCCCCUGCGGCUCCACGGACAAGCAGACCUGCCUGAAGACGGUGGUUUUGUUGGCGGACGACAGGAAGAACGUCGUGGCCUUCCAGUUGGACGGCGGCGUGCUGCUGAACGGGCAGCCGGUGAACCUGCCCCACGUGACCGCCAGCCUCUCUGUCUUCCGGCCGUCCUCCCGCCACCUCAUGGUGAGCACCGCUGCGGGUCUCAGGCUGCAGGUGCAGCUGGAGCCCGUCAUGCAGCUCUUCGUGACGCUGGACCGGGCCGCGCAGGGGCGCGUGCAGGGCCUCUGCGGGAACUUCAACGGCCUGGAAGGGGACGACUUUAGGACGGCCGGCGGGCUGGUGGAGGCCACGGGGGCCGGCUUCGCCAACACCUGGAAGGCCCAGUCGAGCUGCCGUGACAAGCUGGACUGGCUCGACGACCCCUGCUCCCUCAACAUCGAGAGCGCCAACUACGCUGAGCACUGGUGCUCCCUGCUGAAGAAGACGGAGACCCCCUUUGGCAGAUGCCACUCGGCCGUGGACCCCUCAGACUAUUACAAGAGGUGCAAAUAUGACGCGUGUAACUGCCAAAACAGUGAGGGCUGCAUGUGUGCCGCUCUGUCCUCCUAUGCCCGCGCCUGUGCCGCCAAGGGUGUUCUGCUGUGGGGCUGGCGGGAACAAGUCUGCAACGAGGACGUGGGCUCUUGCCCCAACUCCCAGGUGUUCUUGUACAACCUGACCACCUGCCAGCCCACCUGCCGCUCGCUCUCCGAGGCCGACGCGCACUGCCCGCAGGGCUUUGCACCCGUGGAUGGCUGCGGCUGCCCCGACGACACCUUCCUGGAUGAGAAGGGCCGCUGUGUGCCCCUGGCCGAGUGCUCCUGCUACCACCAUGGCCUCUACCUGGAGGCCGGGGAGGUGGUGCUGAGGCAGGAGGAGCGCUGCGUCUGCCGGAACGGGAGACUGCACUGCAGGCAGGUCAGGCUGCUUGGCCAGAGCUGCUCGGCCCCAAAGAUCUACGUGGACUGCAGCAACCUGACAGCCCUGACCGUCCAGAGCUCGCAGCCCACCAGCUGCCAGACGCGGGCUGCCGGCCACUAUCAGACAGAGUGUGUCAGCGGCUGUGUCUGCCCGGAGGGGCUGUUGGAUGAUGGCCGUGGCGGCUGCGUCAAGAAGGACGAGUGCCCGUGUGUGCACAACAAGCACCUGUACUCCCCCGGGGACAAGGUCAAGGUGGACUGCAAUACCUGCACCUGCCAGCGAGGGCGCUGGGCGUGCACCGAGUCCCUGUGCCACGGCUCCUGCUCCAUCUACGGGAGUGGCCACUACGCCACCUUCGACGGGAAGUACUACAAUUUCAAUGGGCGCUGCUCCUACGUGGUGGCUCAGGACUACUGCGGCCAGAACUCUUCCUCGGGCUCCUUCAGCAUCAUGACUGAGAAUGUCCCCUGUGGCACCACGGGUGUCACCUGCUCCAAGGCCAUCAAAAUCUUCUUGGGGAGGACGGAGCUGAAGCUGGAGGACAAGCACUGCCUGGUGAUUCAGCGGGACACGGGCCACCACGUGGCCUACACCACGCGGAAGGUGGGCCAGUACCUGGUGGUGGAGGCCAGCAUUGGCGUCAUCGUCAUCUGGGACAAGAAGACCACCAUCUUCAUCAAGCUGGCCCCGUCCUACAAGGGCCGGGUGUGUGGGCUGUGCGGGAACUUUGACCAGCGCUCCAGCAACGACUUCACCACGAGGGACCACAUGGUGGUGGACAGCGAGAUAGACUUCGGGAACAGCUGGAAGGCCUCCCCCACCUGUCCGGACGUGAGCGUCACCCUGGAUCCCUGCACCCGGAACCCGCACCGCCUCUCCUGGGCCAAAAAGCAAUGCAGCAUCAUCACGAGCUCGGUCUUCAGUGUCUGUCACAGCAAGGUGGACUCCAAGCCCUUCUACGAGGCCUGCGUCUACGACUCCUGCUCCUGCGACAAGGGCGGGGACUGUGAAUGCUUCUGCUCGGCCGUGGCCGCCUACGCUCAGGAGUGUACUAAGGAGGAGGCCUGCGUGUUCUGGAGGACACCGGACCUGUGCCCCAUAUUCUGUGACUACUACAACCCCCCAGACAAGUGUGAGUGGCACUAUGAGCCCUGUGGGAACCGCAGCUUCGAGACCUGCAGGACCGUCAACGGCAUUCACUCCAACAUCUCCUUGUCCUACCUGGAGGGCUGCUACCCCCGGUGCCCGGAGGACAGGCCCAUCUACGACGAGGACCUGAAGCAGUGCGUCACGGAGGACCAAUGUGGCUGCUAUGUCGGGGACACCCGCUACCCACCUGGAGCACCUGUUCCCAGCGAGGAGGACUGCCAGUCUUGCGUGUGUACCAAUGCCUCAAAAGUCGUCUGCCAGCCAGAAGAAGGGAAGAUUCUCAACUACACCCAGGACGGCUUCUUCUGCUACUGGGAGAUCUGUGGCCCCAACGGGACGGUGGAGAGACACUUCAACAUCUGUGUAUCCACCACCUCCCGGCCGCCUUCCACCACGAUCCCAGUCACCUCCAGCAGCCCCCUCACCACCACCACCACCCCGACUCCCACCCCCUCCCUGACCCCCAGUACAGGGACAUGCUGUUUCUGGUCCGACUGGAUCAACAAGAACCACCCCAGUACGCACAGCAGCGGUGGCGACAGGGAGACCUUUGACGGCGUCUGUAGGGCCCCUGAGGACAUCGAGUGCAGGCUGGCUGUGGAGCCCCACCUCAGCUGGGAGCAGGCGGGCCAGAAGGCGCAGUGCAAUGUCACCUUCGGGUUCGUUUGCUACAAUGAAGACCAGUUUGGAAACGGGCCAUUUGAGGUCUGUUAUGACUAUGAGAUUCGCGUCAAUUGCUGUGUGCCGAUGGAUGAGUGUCCCCUGUCCACGACCACGGUCCCCCCGCCCACCACAACCACCACUACCUCCACACCUAUGCCAGAACCCCCGACUACCACCACCGCUACCACCACAACCACGCUGACCCCCACGUCCACCCCCACGCCCACCCCCACGCGGACCCCCACGCCCACCACCACGCCGACCACCACGCCCACCACCACGCCGACCACCACGCCGACCACCACGCCCACCACCACAACGACCACCACGCCGACCACCACGCCCACCACCACGACCACCACAGGAACUCCCAGGCCACCCACGUCUUCCAGGCCCCCAACCGCCAGCACCACGACCUCCUAUGUGCCCACCCCCACCCUGACUCCGAUCUCCACCCCCAACGUCAGCGUGAGCACGGGCCCGGUCUGGUCCUCCAGUCAGGUCGGCUGCUGCGUUUUGAACGAAACAUUCUUCGCACCAGGCGAGAUGGUGUACAACGGCACGCACGGGGAUACCUGCUACUAUGCGAACUGCUCGGUGUCCUGCACCAUCGAGAUCUUCAACUGGUCAUGCCCGUCCACACCCUCCCCGGCACCCACCCCUUCCAAGUCGACACCCAUCUCAACACCCAAACCACCCACGCCCACAGCAUUGAGCACAGUGGCCACCACCAAGCACCCUGGGUGCCCGGACUUUGAUCCUCCCAGACAGGAGAAUGAGAAGUGGUGGCUGUGUAACUGCACCAUGGCGAUCUGCAAGUACAACAACACCGUGGAGCUCGUGAAGGUGGAGUGCGAGGUCCCGCCCAAGCCCACCUGUGCCAAUGGGCUCCAGCCCACGCUCGUCUAUAGCCCCAACGAGUGCUGCCCGCACUGGGAGUGCGACUGCUACUGCGCGGGCUGGGGGGACCCGCACUAUGUCACGUUCGACGGGCUGUACUACAGCUACCAAGGGAACUGCACGUACGUGCUCGUGGAGGAGGUGACCCCCAGGCUCGGCAACUUUGGCGUCUACAUCGACAACUACCACUGUGACGUCAACGACCGGGUGUCCUGCCCCCGCACACUCGUGGUGCGCUACCAGUCCCAGGAGGUUCUCAUCAAGACCCUGCAGAUGAGGCCCAUCAAGGUCCAGGUGCAGGUCAACAGGCAAGUCGUGGCCCUGCCCUACGUGAAGAAUGAGCUGUACGUGUACCAGUCAGGCAUCAACUACGUGGUGGAGAUCUCCAAGCUGGGCGCCCUCAUCACCUACAACGGACUUUCCUUCUCCAUCACACUGCCCCACCGCCUGUUUGGCAACAACACCAAGGGCCAAUGCGGCACGUGCACCAAUGACACGGCGGACGACUGCAUGCUGCCCAGCGGGGAGAUCGUGUCCAACUGCGAGCUGGCGGCUGACCAGUGGGUGGUGAAUGACCCCUCCAAGCCACACUGUCCCCACACCAGCGUCACCACCAAGCGUCCGGCCGUCACGCCACCAGGGGCCAGCACCACCUCCCGCAAGGACUGCGCCUCUCCUCUCUGCGAGCUCAUCAGAGACAGCUUGUUCGCCCCGUGCCACGCCGUGGUGCCCCCCAAGCACUACUACGAGGCCUGCGUGUUCGACAGCUGCUUUGUGCCGGGUUCGGGCCUGGAGUGUGCCAGCCUGCAGGCCUACGCCGCCCUCUGUGCCCAGGCCAACAUCUGUGUCGACUGGAGGAACCACACCCACGGGGUCUGCUCGAUGACGUGCCCGCCUCACAGGGAGUACCGGGCCUGCGGCCCUACAGAUGAGCCCUCCUGCGAGUCUAGUGCAGCUGCUCUAAGGCCCAUAGCGCAGAAGAAUGCCCGCCUGGUGGAAGGCUGCUUCUGUCCUGAGGGCACCAUGAACUACGCCCCAGGGUUCGACGUCUGCGUGGAGAUGUGUGGCUGCGUGGGACCUGACAACGUGCCCAGGAAGUUCGGAGAGCACUUUGAGUUCGACUGCAAGGACUGCGUGUGCCUGGAGGGCGGCCGCGGCAUCAUCUGCGAGCCCAAGGAGUGCCACCAGGAGCCGGUCACGUGCACGGAGGACGGCACCUACCCGCUCACCGAGGUCAACCCCGCCAACACCUGCUGUAACAUCACGUCCUGCAAGUGCAACACCAGCUUGUGCCAGGGGAAGCCGCCCAAGUGCCCGCUGGGCUUUGACGUGAGCAGCGAGACCAGACCCGGGAAGUGCUGCCCGUCCUACUCUUGUGUGCCCAAGGGGGUGUGCGUUCACGGGAAUGCUGAGUACCAGCCCGGGUCUCCAGUGUACUCCUCCAAGUGCGAGGACUGUGUCUGCACCAACCGCACGGACGGCGGCACACAGCUCAACGUCAUCUCCUGCACCCGCGUGCCCUGCGACGACAACUGCAGCCCCGGCUUCGAGCUGGUGGACGUGCCCGGGCAGUGCUGCGGCAAGUGUCAGCAGACCCACUGCAUCGUCAAGAGACCCGGCACGGAGACCAUCAUCCUGAAGCCUGGGGACAUACGUCACGACCCCACCAACAACUGCACCUUCUUCAGCUGCAUGAACGUUCACAACCAGCUCAUCUCCUCCGUGUCUAACAUCACCUGCCCUGACUUCGACCCCAGCAUCUGCGUCCCAGGCUCCAUCGCGUUCAUGCCGAAUGGAUGCUGCCGGAAAUGCAUCCCUCGGAAUGAGACCAGGAUCUUCUGUUCCACCGUCCCCGUGACCAAGGAAAUUUCUCACUCCGGCUGCACCAAGAAAGUUGUGAUGAACUCCUGCUCUGGGUCCUGCGGGACCUCCGUCAAGUACUCGGCCGAGGCCCAGGCCCUGGACCACCAGUGCUCCUGCUGCAAGGAGGGGCGCACCAGCCAGCGGGAGGUAGAGCUGAGCUGCCCGGACGGCAGCUCGCGGAAGCACAGCUACACCCACAUCGAGAGCUGCUCCUGCCAGGACACCGUUUGCAGGCUCCCGCGGGCUCAGCGCAGGGCCCCCGGCCGCGAGUGGCGCGCCAGCCCCCGGGGCCUGCACCCGGGGAGGGACUGA